UUCUAGUUGUAUGCAAUAGACAAAGACAGAUAUAAUUCGGCUAUUUUGAUUCAAUGACAUUUUAUGAGUUUUGUGAGGUUAUGAUUUUAAUUUUUAAUCAUUUUGCCCAUCUUGAGGAAGCCGGUUAAUUUUAUUCAAUUUUCCUUGAUUUUCCAUGGAAAUAUUUCCUAAAAAGUAGUUAAAUAAUAGUGUAGAAUAUUUGGAAACAGAUUCACCAUCAAAAAUGAACAAAUUAACAAUCCCCUCGUCACCAAACUGGUACGAGAGCGACAUAAUGGCCUGCGCCCCCGACAACACGCUUCUUUACGGUUCCAGACAGGAUUUGGUCGUCAUUAAACCCACUGAUGCUGAAGAACCUGAUGAUAUCAGAGUCCUUGCCAAGGCACAUUCAAUGAAGAUUGUUUCAGUUAAUCUGAACAGGAACUGGGGUGACCCUCACAAAUACGCAGUAACCGUAUCCGAAGAUAAAAUCGUCAAAGCCUGGGAUGUGGAAAAACUCGAAAAAAUCUCCUCCCAUGAUAAACAUCUUGCCGACCAAUCAAAAAUCGUUGGUGCCUCAUUUGCCGGAGACGUCCGAAUUGUCAGCGUUUCAGAAACUGGUUCGGUAAUCCUCUGGUAUCUUUCAACAGACGAAACAAAUUCUAUAAACUCGUUGUUUGGUAACAAAGUGACAGUGACGUGCAUGUCAAUUUGUCCUCACGCCAAUUGGUUGGCGGUUUUUGGACUUAAAAGUGGGCUUAUUGUUGUCACGGAUUUGAGACGUACAGGAAAGGUUUUGUAUAGUUUAAGGGGGCAUUCUAAGAGUGUGGUUUCGUUAGCUUGGUGUCCUGCACCUGUCAAUAUUUUUCCCGCUACUCCUUUGAAUAAGGUUGUUGAGAAGUUUGAUGAAAGUUCUCAAGAAAAUCAGUCAUUAGUGGAAUUGGGUGCGAAAUCUUCUGAAGAAGCAUCAGCUGUCAAAUCUUAUGAAGAAACAUCAGCUGUCAAAUCUUCUGAAGAAGCAUCAGUUGAUAAAUUGUCUGAAAUAAAAGAAUUAUUGACAUCAGCUGACAAAAUGUCUGAAGACAAUCAGUCACUGUCAUCAGCUGCUAAAUCUCCUGAAACCAAUGAGUUAAAAGAAUCUUCUGAGGAGAAAGAGUUGCUGACAUCAACGUCUGAAGAAAAUCAAUCUGUCAAAUCUCCUGCUGAAGAAUUGUCGACAUCAACUGACAAAGAAGUGUCAUCAACUGACAAAGAAGUAUUAUCAACUGACAAAGAAGUAUCAUCAACUGACAAAGAAGUAUCAUCAACUGACAAAGAAGUAUCAUCAACUGACAAAGAAGUAUCAUCAACUAACAAAGAAGUAUCAUCAACUGACAAAGAAGUACCAUCAACUGACAAAGAAGUAAUAUCAACUGACAAAGAAGUAUCAUCAGCUGACAAAGAAUUGGCAUCAACUGACACACAAGUGUCACCAACUGACACACAACCAGAAAUUGUUGAACAACAAAAAUCCCCAGAUCAAUCAGAAUCCAGAAGAAAGCAAAAAAAUCCCAAAAAAGACCCCAACUCAGGAACUCAAUUCACUCAUUGUUGUAACACUGACAGCGAAAAAAAGCCCAAAAUCGUCUCGAAAAUCUCAGAUUUCCUGGCCAAAACCCAAAAACAAGACUCAGAUGGUUCUUGCUCCAGCGAAGAAAACCGACAAUUCUGCUCUGCAAGUAGUUGCGAUAACGACCUAAACUGCUCGAAACGCAUCAAGGAACCUAGCCCCAAAAAACUAGAAAAUGAAGUUUUCUAUGACGCCCAAGAAGAAGAAAAACCCAUUAACACCGAGCUAAUUCGCAAAAACGAACAACCAAGAAAAGAAUUCCUAUUGGCUUCUUCGGCAAGAGAAACAAACAUCUACAUUUGGCGAGCAGGUACCGAUGGUAGAAUGCAAACCUUCCUAAAAGUACCAGCCCCGAAAAAACCCAGCAACCGCAAAAAAGCCAAAGAAACCCUGCCUUGGAUUUCCUUGUGUUGGCCCACUCCUACAACCCUUUUAUCUUCAUCCCAUACUGCUGAAUUAAUAGCUUGGACUUUGCCCAAACCUGGUCAGAGUGGGAAAUUUUUCCGGACGGUUCACAGAGAACAUUGGUCGGUACUUUUCAGCAUAAAAGCCCCACUGUUGUACUUGAAUGAGUACAAUUUUUUGCAAAAGAAGCCAAUGAAUGUUUGGACCACUGGGAUGGAGAGGAAUGUUGUUAGUACUGAUUUGGAUACCGGGGAUGGGUUGUGCUUUUAUCCGGCCUUUGGUGGGAGCGUUAAUUGUCUGGAUGGGUCUCCAUUGGAUCCGAAUCGAUUGGCUAUUGGUACAGGAGAAGGCUUGAUAAACACUUGGGACCUGAGCCGUCCUCACAUUAAAUCCAUAAACUUUUCAGUUUUUUACAACCAAAUUCUGAGCUCUGUAACCGCCCUAGCUUGGCAUCCAAUCAACGAAAAUCUUCUGGCUUGGGGCACCUCAGAAGGACGAAUUGGAGUGUUGGAUGUGGCCCACAAAUCCAAAGCCCCAAAAAUACUAAAACACUACUUCAAAUCUCAAAUUUUUAAACUGGAAUGGGGCCCAGCUGAUUCAGAAACUGGCAAAAAUCAGUUGUUUGUUGUCGGUGAAAGUAAAGUGGCUAUUUUUUGUACUGAAUCCAGGGAAAAAGACCCGGAAAUGCUGCCUUUACCCGAUAAUACUUCAGUUUUUACCAUGGCUUGGAAACCUGACUACAGCAUGCUUUUGGUUUCAGCAAAAUCAGGCACCAUAAUCACUUACAAUCCUAAAUUGGAAAUUCAAAGCAUCUCAUAUCUCAGCAAUAAGCUGUUGUCAAUAAAAUGGCACCCAGAUGCUGUCAGCAAUGAUACCAAUGACUCAAAAUACUCAAAUACUUUUGCCUCUUUAAUAAAACACUCAGAAAUAAUUGUAAUGGACUUAAAUGCUGAAGAAGAUUGUAAAAUUACUGCGAAAUUCGAAAACCGUGGAGUAAAAAUUGGGGAUUUUGCUUGGAGCCCACAUUCAGGCAAUUUACUAGUUCUGGUUGACGAUUGUGGAGCUGCCCAAGUUUUUGAUGUUGAAGCUCAAAACAUCGUUUCUACCUACAUAAGCCCAGCUUUGGAUCAGCUUUUGUCCGUAUAUUGGAGCCCUUUGGAUCCAGAUUUCAUUAUAACUGGAACAAUAUCGCAUAAAAUUAUUAUUUGGAAGAUAUCAGAGAAUCCUGCAAUGACUGAAAAAGAUAUAAAUAGUCGUAAAAAUAAAAUAACAAAAACCCUACAAAAAGAGGUUGGGGAUUUGUUGAACAAACAAGUUAAAGCCAAAGAAGAACCAGUCAAACCGAAACCUGCCAGCAAAUCUGAAAUUGUGCCUUUGUUUUACAGCCCUAAAGACUGGAUCCAAAACUUGGAAAUAUUGCUCCAAAACAAACUUGAAAACACUAGUGAUUCAAACGAAAAUCUUGUCAGUAUUCUAGAUAUUUUAGGUGACAGUGGCAACAUGGAGAAACUUUUCUCGUUAAAUUUAAAAAACUUCAAAAAACAAGGCCAAUUUAAACGAGCUAAUUUGUUGGCUCUUUUCCAAGGAGACCUCAAAGAGGCUAUUAAAGAAGCUAUCGAACAUAGAAGAGUUGAUGCUUGGAUUAUCAGUGUGUGUCCUAUGGUAUCACCAAAGUUGUGGCAAACAGCUUGUGAUACUUAUGUUGAGCAGCUUAUAGAGGAGCCUGAAGCUGAUCCUAUGGAAAUUGUGACUUACAUGCUUGUUUGUCAUCGUGUUGAGGAAGCUGUAAACUUUUUACGUGAGCGUGAGCUUUACAGAGAAGCUUUUACGUUGGCCAAAGGCCGAUUUGGUGCAGGGGCUGCUUUAACGGCCCAGGUAGCUGAAGAGUGGGCUAAAAAGGCCACUUAUCAAGGCAAUUUUGAGUGGGCAGCAGGAUGUUAUAUUUCUUUGGAAAAAUACAACGAAGCUGCUGCAGUGCUUUUCAGACGCUCCGAUAUUGACACUUUGAAGUUCUCAGCCCAUUUAGCUCAAUUAGCUGAUAACGAAGAUCUUCACAAAGCCAUACUUUCUCGUUUAAACGCCUUCAAACCUGCAGAAGAACCAAAAAUCGAUGAAAAACUGACCAAAGACGAUUUAUUAUUGGAGGAACUUUCACAGCUUGAUAAGGAUAUUGUAGAGGUUCAAAAUAACUUGGAAAAAGUAGUAAAUGAAGAAAAAGAGUUGGUUAAUAAUGGGCCAUCAGUAACUGACAAAGAACAAGUUUCAAAAAAUCUAGAAUCAAAUGAUUCUGAAGGAGAUUCAAAUAUUGUAAAAAAUGAAGAAGUUACUGAAAAACUUCAAACAGAAAUUCCAAAAAUCGUUUUGACAGAAACCGAGGAGUUGAGUUUGGAGGAAAAGGAAUAAGUUUUCUUGUUUUUGUUAUUUUAUAAAGUUAUUUUUUUUUAAUGGGUUAACCACAAUGCAAUUGUGAAUUAUUUAAUGCUGAUUUAGGUUUAAGAAUAAUGUUUUUUUUUUUUCUAUUAUGUAUUUAUCUUUAAUUUUUUUGAUUUAUUGACUUAUUUAGAAUAGAGAUGCUUAUUUUGUUUACGAAUAAAGUUUUUUAGUUUUUCUUUAUAUUGUAACAAAAUUUCCUAAUCCCAACGACACUAAUCCCAAAAAUUAACUUACAAAUUGGCGCCCAACGUGGGGCCAUGAUGAGUUUCAAUUUUAAUUUUUCAUUGGAAAAGCCACAAAAUUAAUUGACAAAAGAUGACUGAUUCGUUUUAUAUAUUUUUUUUUUGGGGUUUUUCUCAUUAUACUGUGGCCGAAUAAUUCUCAAAUAUAAAACAAAGCCCUCAUAUUAACAUCCCCCUUUUAACCAAAAGUUUCCCUUAUCCGGGGGUGGAAAAAAAAAACAAUACACUUUUUGACUGCUUUAUUAUAAAUCUUUCUGGCUUUUAUAAAAUAUAUACGGCCAGGCACAUUUUUCAUUCCUGUCAAUUAUAUUAGAGGGAGUUAUUGUUUCAGGAGGGAUGAUAUUUUUUUUUUAUCAGAUAAAGAUUUAUAACUCUAUAGGGUUUUAUAUUAAUUAAAUCCUUUGGAUCGUUAAUAAUUUACCGGUGAGGGAAGGAAAAACGUUUAAGGAAAAGUGACAUUGCAUAAAUCAGGGGGCGCCCGUACGUGAAAUUUUCAAUUUUCGCCCGAGAACUUUUUUAAUAAGCGUCUCUCAACAACGAUUCCAUCAAUUUAAAUUUGCGGGUGUUUUUUUUUUUUUUUUUUUGUAGGAGAUAUUGAUGGAUAUUAUACAUGCCAAAGAAGGAGGAAAAAGUUAGUAAAUUCUAUACUUACCAACAAUUUUCCAAGUUAGCUACUCUUAAAUUUCUAUUUUUCUAUGUCCAGAUAUGUGAUUCAGAAACAAUGACAUUUCAAAAUUCUUUGGAAAAGAACAAAUCGAUUGAGUUAUUUUGGAACGUUCCAAAAAUUAAUUCAGAAAUUUCAAAAACACUCCCGUUUAUUUUUUUAACAGGUUUAAUAAUAUCUAGAGAUUUUAUAAACCUUGUAGAACUGGAUAAGAAACUUUUU